AUCGGCAAGUGUCCCUUGCAUCCUGGUAGUAUUUUUGGCUAGUUCAUGUAUCUAGUGACAUACUAAAUGUAUCUGUCAUAGCCCCCGCAUGGUAGCAUGAGUCUGAAACAUACACAGCCGGGUUUCUGUGGGCUAUGCAUCCCAUUACUAUCACUGUGUAUGAGAUUGAUAGGGCGAAGAACCAUGUACGUAGUAGUGGGCAAGGCAGACUGGACCCCCUGCUCCUAAGCAUCCAGUACAUCAUCAAACCAAUAUGAGGGUUACCCGUCGAGGUAUACAUAUCCCACGGCUUCCACCAUACGGCCUUCGAUAUCACCCAGCAAGACUUCAAUCCAAUGGCAUCCAUUCACCAAGAGACCUCGGGCCAGAACGGCCAAAGCUCGACCAGCAAUGGCGGACCCCAUCCCAUUGCCAUCGUGGGAUUUGCAUUUGAAUUCCCCCAGAAUGCGACAUCCGAUGGUUGUUUCUGGCAGAUGCUUUGCAAGGGAAGGUCUGCCAGUACCGAAUUUCCCAAAGAUCGGUUAAACGUUGAUUCUUUCUAUCAUCCUGACGAUUCUCGGCAUGGCACGAUCCCAGUCCGGGGAGGAAACUUCAUUCAUGGAGAUAUAAGAGCUUUCGAUGCUCCAUUCUUUUCCAUCACACCCGGGGAAGCAGCCUGUAUGGACCCGCAGCACCGACGCAUGUUGGAGACUGCAUACCAUGCGUUAGAGGACGAGGCAAUAUUUAUGGAAGCUUAUGUACCGCCAGCCGGGAUACCCAUUUCGAAGUGCUCGGGAUCGGACACCUCCGUCUAUACGGGGUGCUUCACGAACGAUUAUCAGAGUAUCCUGCAGCAAGAUUAUGAAGCAGAGCAGAGACACGCGGCUAUGGGUAUUGCUCCGUCGAUGAUAGCGAAUCGAGUGAGCUGGUUUUUCAACUUCAAAGGGACAUCCAUGAACUUGGACACCGCUUGCUCAAGCAGCUUGGUUGCCUUGCAUCUAGCAUGUCAGGAUUUGCAGUCUCGCACUGCAUCAAUGGCCCUUGCUGGUGGUGCAAACCUUGUAUUUCACCCCAACUUCAUGAAGAUUAUGUCUUCAUUCAACUUCCUUUCUCCAGACAGUCAAUGCUGGAGCUUUGAUGCCCGGGCAAGUGGCUAUGCCCGUGGUGAAGGAACCGUGAUGGUCGUUCUCAAACGCCUAGACGAUGCCUUGCGGGACGGCAACACCAUCCGCGCUAUUAUUCGAAACACUGGCUCCAAUCAGGACGGCAGGACUCCGGGAAUCACUCAGCCGAGUUUAGAAUCUCAAGUCGAAUUAAUUGAGCGCACAUACCGGCAAGCUAACAUUGAUAUGGGACCGACUCGGUUUUUUGAAGCCCACGGGACCGGCACACCAGUGGGUGACCCAAUCGAAGCAAAUGCCAUUGGACAGGCGUUUCAACACUGCCGAACUGUCGACGACCCGCUUUAUAUCGGAGCAGUGAAGGCCAAUAUAGGCCACCUGGAAGGAGCAAGUGGUUUGGCAGGCCUCGUCAAAGCGCUCCUUGUGUUGGAAAAUGGCGUCAUUCCCCCAAUUGCUGGACUUGAAACCCUCAAUAGAAGUAUUGAUCCUGAAAAGCUGCGGUUGCAUUUCCCGAAUAAAGCUAUCCCCUGGCCAACAGCGGGCCUUCGUCGAGCAUGUGUCAACUCGUUUGGGUUUGGUGGUACAAACGCGACAGUUAUCCUGGAUGAUGUCCACCACUAUCUGGAACUGAAUGGCCUCCAAGGAUACCAUCGGACGCAGCAGUUCCCGCCUGGCAAUCUCUUGACACUUCGCAAUGGACAUACCUUUCAGCAUACUCUUUCGGUUUUCGCAAGACAAAAUGGCGAGAUACCAGACGGUCCCCUAAGUCAUGGACUAGCAACCGAGGCUCCCAAAUUGCUGGUUUGGUCUGCUGCGGACAAAACGACCGCCCAAAAGUUAUCGGCAGCAUACCACGAUUUUCUUAACGAGCAAUCACCUGAUAUAUUGGCAUUGUCAUAUACGUUGGCUGUGAGAAGGAGCCACUUCACAUGGAAAAAUUUCGCAGUCGUCGACCCACAAACGAGUCCAUCCUUCAUCGACCUGGGGCCUAGGGAUCCAAUCCGGGCUCAAGAUAACUCUCGCCUUGCUUUCGUUUUUACUGGCCAAGGAGCUCAGUAUAUGGGCAUGGGACGAGAGCUUUUCUCUUUUCCGGUAUUCCGGAACACCAUAGACCUUCUGGAAGACUGUUUGGUGAAACAGCUCGGUUGCUCCUGGUCCCUGCGGCGACUUCUGGAAAGCAAUGACACGAUCGUUCCGGUUGAUGAACCUGAGUACAGUCAACCUAUCACAACCUGCCUCCAGAUUGCACUGGUCGAUCUGUUGGAAAGUCUAGGGAUUACGCCGGCCGUCGUUUUGGGUCACUCCUCUGGGGAGAUUGCUGCAGCAUAUGCGUCAGGAGGGCUGUCGCGCUUCUCAACCGUGAAGGUAGCUUACUAUCGAGGCCUGCUAUCAUCCCAAUUGGCUAGCAGGAAAGCCAACAUGUCAAUGAUGGCUGUUGGUAUAUCCAGGGAAAACGUAGCACCUUAUCUUGACCGAAUAUCUGAGCUCGACGGUUCUUUAGACGUUUCCAUUGGAUGUGUCAACAGCCCACAGAGCAUCACUUUAACUGGCAACAUUCAAAAACUCGGUGUGCUCAAACAAUGGUUCGACGCUGAUUCAAUAUUUGCGCGGAACUUGCGAGUUCCCAUCGCCUACCAUUCGCAUGCCAUGAAUGAGAUCGCUGAUGACUACCGCCUCGCAAUUGGAACCCUGGAGCCAGGGGCAAACCCUCACUCUGUGCUCAUGAUGUCAUCAGUUACUCGGGAUCUUGUAACUGGAGAAGCCCUCACCGAUGCAAGCUAUUGGGUCCGAAACCUGACCUCUACAGUGGAGUUUGAUGGAGCACUCUCAAGACUUCUGGUUCAAUCAAGCCAGCGGCCCCGAAAACAAUUGGGGCGCAGUACUCCGAUAGAUCUUCGUGUUUCCCAGCUCCUAGAAAUCGGCCCACACAAGGCACUUCAAGGACCGAUAAAUGAGACGUUGCGCUCAUCCGCCAAAGCUGAUAAGCCAGGGUAUAUUCCGCUCCUGGUACGGCAACAAAAUGCACAUCGGUGCCUGUUGACGACUGUUGGAAAACUCUACUGCGCCGGAUACCCAGUUGAUAUCCUAUCAGUCAAUGGCGUCGAAGAAAUACCUCAGCCAAUGCCUCCGAACAUGCCGCGGUACCCUUUCAAUCAUCAACAUACAUACUGGAAGGAAGGGCGUCUCAGCGAGAACUUUCGAUUCCGCGACACUGCUCGACAUGAAUUGCUUGGAACCCGCAAUAUUGACUGGAACGCACAAGUAGCGCAGUGGCGUAAUAUUAUUCGGUUAAACGAGCUUCCAUGGCUCCGCGAUCAUAAGAUUGACGGUCAGACUAUAUUUCCAGCGACAGGUAUGGUGGUAAUGGCAGUGGAGGCUUUGCGACAGCUCCUUGGCCCUACUACAACCAUGACCGGAGUCCAGAUCCGAGAUGUAAGCUUUCUCCAUGCGAUCAGGUUCACGCAUGGAGCAGAGCAAGUCGAGACGCAGUUGACUUUGUCCAGUGAUUCACUUCCCGGGACCCUGAGCUGGACACAAUUUAGACUCUUCGUGAUAGAGAAUGGAAGCUAUGUGGAAUGUUGUCGUGGAUUCAUUCGAUCAACUGCGGAUCAGGAAUCACCCCCGGCAGACAAUUCCUUCACAGCUGGACGAACGUUUGAGGAUUGGAUCUCUUGUGUUGAUAACGCCUGCAAAUCACCAAGAGACCGUUACAACAUGUCAACCGGAGACACUGUUGAAUAUGGGCCUUGCUUCCAAAAUGUGGAGAACAUGCGAAUUGGGGCCGGAGGUGAAGCUGUAGCCGAUGUGAACAUGAACACAUGGAAGUCAAAUGCUACAAGCAGUGAAUGGUCCUCGAAAUACACCGUUCACCCUUGUACGAUGGAUGGUCUCGCACAGCUUGUCGUCCCAGCCCUUGCUGAGGGACGGGAUUACUUGCCCACAAUGGUUCCGGUCCGUGCUGCCAGUAUUUGGAUUGAUUGCAGUGAGCCAUCAUUUCUGCAUGAAGGGAAUAUCCUAGCUCUGGCCAGAUGCAGCAUUCGUGGCAAUCGCCUGGCCACGUCCGAUAUUGUUGGGGCAGUCAAAGACUCAUUGAGGCCGGUUUUGUGCAUCAAGGGUCUCGAAACCACAUUCAUUGGCACUGCUUCUUCUCUUAAUGAGAGCUCGCCUCGUCCUCUAUGCACCAGGCUCCUCUGGAGACCGGACAUUAGUAUGAUGAGCCAUGAACAGAUAGCCGACCAGAUGACUCGGGACAGACCUAAAGAGCCUCCAGAAGCAGUAAGCCAAUACGAGACAUUGGUAUUGGCCAUCUCAUGUUUCGUCGAGGAAGCCGUUCAAUAUCUGAAAGAAACACCGUCUCUGACCAUACCAUCCUACCUCCGCAGCUAUGUCGACUGGAUGAACUACCAACAAAGAUUGCUGCACAACGGGGUUUCCCGCGCAGCAGUUCAGUACUUUCUGACUAAUCCGAAUGCACGCGAGUCCCUGAAUGCUGAGGUAGAGCAGGCUGGUGUGGAAGGCCACUUUUUCAUGCAUGUCGGACGUCAUUUGAUUGCAGUACUUUCGGGUGACGCUGACCCCCUUGACGUGAUGUUCCGGAAUAAGCUGGCUGAUCGCUACUAUGAGCAAAUGUUGUCGAGUCCCCAUCAUGCUCACCCUGCUUCGGUAUACAUCGGCCACUUAUGCUUCAAAACCCCUUCAAUGAACAUCCUCGAGGUCGGUGCCGGUACAGGUGGGCAGACAUUGCGAACUCUCGAAACCCUUGGCUCCAAUGGGGUAACAAAGUGCACAAGAUACGAUCACACGGAUAUCUCACCGGGAUUCUUCCCUCGAGCCCAGGAGAAAUUUUCGAAGUAUGCCAACAUUAUGCAGUUUCGGGUUUGCGACAUUUCCAAGGACCCAGUGGCUCAGUCAUUUGAAGCAGCAAGCUAUGAUCUCAUUCUAGCAUCCCACGUCCUGCACGCAACAAGGUUGGAUGACUCACUCAGAAAUAUCUGGAAACUGCUCAAGCCCGGCGGGAAGCUAGUUUUGUUCGAAACCACCAAUCCGGAUGCUGUUCAUAUUGGAUUCGCGUUUGGUCUACUCAAGGGCUGGUGGGAUCCUCUCAAUCAUGAAACCCGCUCUAUGCACAGCCCAUGUCUGACAACUAUGCAAUGGGAUGGCCAACUGAGAAGAAACGGAUUCUCUGGUGUCGAUAUUGAAGUUCCCGGACAGGACAGCAUGGAAUGCCGCUAUAGUAGCAUCAUCAUAUCCACUGCGAUUACUGAAAUUGGUGGAACUUCCAGCAUGUCAGACAACGUUCUUCUGGUCAGGGAUCCGGACGCAAGACACCAAUGCCAAGUUGCGGAUACUGUUCAGAAUCGUCUUGCUGCAUCGGUCUGUAGCCUUGCAGAGAUAUCCGAAAUUGAUGUGAAUCCAACCACGAUAGUGAUAUCCUUACUGGAAUUGCACGCGAACCUGCUGGAUGGCAUAUCCGAAACUGACUACGGCCUAUUGCAGAGACUUGUGGCCAAAGCGAAGAAUAUGUUCUGGAUUAGCCAGCCAGUCUCGGGAGAGCAAACACCACAACAGCAUCUGGCAGAGGGGUUCGGACGCACACUAGCAUCUGAAGACUCGACCCGGAAAUUUGUAACACUCGCUCUGGAGUGCGCCCAAUCAAAUGAGCAAGUUUCAGAGCUCAUAAUAAACCUAACCAAGCAAAUCGGGUUGUCAUCGAUAGACAACCUUGAGGCGAAUUACUCGGUGACAGACGGUACUGUCUGCAUCCCUCGUGUUGUUGCAUACGAGACCAUGAACGAGCGAGUCUCUCAACUGCUUAAGCCACGAAGGCAGGAGUACUCUCCGCUUCGCCCCAACACGCGGGCGUCCCUCCACCUGGGCCCUCCUGGGGCUAUUCACACACUAAUGUAUCGAGAGGAUACACUAGAUCGGUUUCCUCUGGAAAAGGACGAGCUUCUCGUCCAAGUUAAGGCCUUCGGCCUCACAUUUCGGGACUAUCUCAUGGUUUCGGGACAACUGGAUCAGCUCGAUCUCGGAACCGAAUGCGCCGGGAUCGUUCAAGAAGCAGGUAAUCGAACGGGGUUUAAACCUGGAGACCGAGUAUGCCUGAUUGGCAAGCAGUUGGCACGCACAUAUGUUCGCGCCAAAGCCGCCAACGCCGCUUUUAUUCCCAUGGGAAUGAGCUUUGCAGAGGCCGCUUCAUUGCCGACAUCCCUCUGGAUCGCGUACCAAGCAGUGGAUCAAAUAGCUCGGCUCGAAAAGGGCGAAACAGCCUCGAUCCUCCAAGCUUCCAGCAGUAUCGGCCAGAUGAUGAUUCAGCUAGCAAUCAAACGAGGCGCGCGUGUCUUGGCGAUGGCAAGCACAGCUUCCAAAAGAGAGUUCGUCUGCAAUAGGCUUGGUAUCCCUGCGUCGAGCGUCUUCUCUAGUUGUCAGUCUUCGUUGCGCAGCAAACUGUAUCAGAUUACUGGCGCACAAGGAGUUGAUGUUGUCAUUGGUUCCCUAGCUGAUUGCAAUUUGGACCUCUCUAAGUGCCUCGCUGCCUGUGGCCGCAUCAUUGACAUCGGUCUGAAGGAGAAUGCAAGCACAACGAUGAUGGGCCCUGGGGGUUCUGUCAGAAAUACGACACAAGCAUCCCUUAGCCUAGUGAGGACUCUCCAGGGAAAGCCUUCUGUUGCUUGCCGGGCCUUUCACAAUGCUAUGGGGGUGUACCUUGAAGAGCACCUCAAACCCCCGCAGCCUCUGAAUAUAUAUGCAGCUGGUGAAGUGGGAGCAGCAUUUGAAAGCUUUCAAAAGCUUGAUAUUGUUGAAAAGCGAGUUAUUGAACUGACCGAGGGAAUGACUAUUGAGUUUCAGGUGGACUGCAUGAACGAACCUCUUUAUACUUUUCCGGCUAAUGCUUCAUACGUCAUUGCAGGAGGGCUUGGGGGGCUAGGUCGAACUUUUGCGCGAUGGAUGGCGAACAGAGGCGCAGGCUACUUGAUCCUUCUAUCACGCUCAGGAACGAAGGAUAACGCCUCUCGAGAGCUUCUGAAUGACUUGCAGGCACAAGGAGUAUUUGUUGCCACCCCGAAAGUGGAUAUCAGCGAUAUCGUCAGCCUGAGAGAGACACUCACUAAGCUCGAGAGAACUAUGCCACCGAUACGAGGGUGCAUACAAGCGACGGUGGCUUUGAGGGACAAUCUCUUCGACAAGAUGUCGUAUGAAGAUUGGGUGGUUAGCACAAGUUCGAAGGUAACUGGGUCAUGGAAUCUCCACCAAGUUCUUCCAAGAGACCUAGAUUUCUUCGUGCUCUUGUCAUCGCUCAACGGAAUCUUUGGAAGUCGGGCACAGGCCAAUUAUGCGGCUGGUAACACAUUCAAGGACGCCCUUGCCCUUUAUCGACUAGCGUGUGGGCAAAAGGCAGUUUCUAUUGAUCUAGGCUUAAUGGUUGCUGAAGGGGUAGUUGCCGAAAACGAAUUCCUGUUGGCCUCAAUGCGCCGAAUAGGACAUUUGAUGGAAAUCGCUCAGGAAGAACUGCUCGCCCUGCUGGAUCACUACUGCAAUCCCAAUCUACCACUACUCUCGGCUGACGAUGCACAAGUUCUUGUUGGGGUUGAGAUGCCUUCAGCGGUUAUGGCAAAGGGAUUAGACCUCCAUCAUUCGAUACGCCGGCCGAUUUUCAGCCAUUUGUUUCGAAUGGGGGUUUAUGGAGUGUCUAACGAGCCAAACAAUGGAGCUACUUAUGUGGGAAUCGACCGUCCAGCUGCACUCAAAGCGGCUUCCUCGCAAGAUGACGCCGUUGCCCUUGUCACUGAGUGGACUGUUACGAAGGUCAGCCAGAUCCUUGGACUCUCAGCAUCAGACGUUGAGUCAAGCAAACCAAUCCAUGCCUAUGGAAUCGAUUCUCUCGUGGCUGUUGAUCUAAAAAAUUGGUUUGAGAGAGAUAUCGGGGCCAAUUUCACGGUCUUUGAUCUGAUGGGCAAGGCUUCACUAGGACAGUUGAGUCUCAUAGCGACACAAACUAGUCGCUAUCGUCGUUGAUUUGGGGGUGGGGGGUUGUUCAAGCGUCACUCUUAGUCGUGUCUCCUUUAGCCUUCUUCGUUGCUUAUUUUUCCUUGAUCAGGGGAUGUUCGCCUAUCGACUCAUCAUCCAGCAAGCCAAAACCUACCUAUUCAUCAAAUAUCCAGCGAUCAUUGUAUGGAUAGCAGGUCCAAGACAUCGAAACAUAUGCAUGUGCAUGUGAGACUUGCGGUGAGUUUGACCACUGCGAAAGAUUUUCAAGUUGGCUGUAAUGGAUG